AUGAUGAGAGCAGAGACAAAAAAUCCUCAAAGAGAAAACGAACUGGACAGACCAAGUUUUGAAGGUUUUCACACCCAAUUAGAUUGCAAGUUUACAGAUGGUAAUAAAAAUCAAACACAGCUAACACUCAUGUAGUACAUAGUUUUGUGUUCAAAAACAAAACAGAACAAAACCGGAAUGAUAAAAAUAAAGCCAAAUUGGUGACUGUUAAAAUUCAUACUAAUCAUGAUGGUGUCAGAGUGACCACAAGCAUGCUGAGGUCCAACACAGCUAGCUCAUCAUGGUGAUCUCCAGUUAUCGCAGUCAAGUAAGCCACAGAAAUACAGCGGCCACCCUUUGAGAGAACAACUUAGAGCUAGCUCUGAUAUCUUUUCCGAUGUGAUGAGUGGAAGGCCACAUCAGUCAUGGAAGCUAAGUUUUAAGGUGCUGUCAUGCCGAGCGAUUUUCACUAUCUGGUAAAUUGAGCUGUCAUUCAUUCAUAAAACACAUGCUUGAACAGGUUGUUUUCUAAUUGUCAUGUGAAAAAACUUGUGUGUUUUAUGAGUCACAAUUAAGCAUUUCAGAACAUUUCACUUUCAGAUUCUGCAUUAGAGACUAAAAAACUUCAGGCAAAAGUGUUAAAUUCAACCUGCCAAACUAUUAAGCUUGUAAACUAUUGGAGAAUGUGAACUUUAAUGGUUUUAGAACUGUGAUGGUUUGAUAUUUUUGACAGCGUUAGUCUUGUACAGCCAAUCAGAUUUUUCAAACCAUUCUAACAGGGAUUCUGAUUGCCUUAUUGUAACAUGCUUUAUGAGAGUAUGGAGCAUAAAUGACUGUCAAUGUAUGAAAGUCAUAUAUUUGAAUUGCAGAAAUUACAUUGGGAAAUAGGUAUGCCUUGCACAUACACUGUAUGUUAUAAUUAUAAUACUUGAUAUUGAUACCCUUUCAAAGAUUAUGAAAUGGCCAAUAGUAUCAAGAAAAUUACAUGAUGAGAAGAAAUGGUCCAGUACAUCAACUGCAAUGAAUAUAAUAGUGAUCGGUUGAAUGUAAACAUGCACAUGAACCAAGUUAAAAAAUUUUAAUACAUUAAAAAUGGCCUAUUGUACAACCAAUGGGAGGUAAUUAUCUGUCACUUUCACUGACACUGAAUUGGAUAAUUAUAUAUACCAAGCAAGAACUGCGAUUUCUGUUGAUAUACAGAAAAACAGUAAUAAGUCAGUCUCUUGUGUAGUUUUGUCUACUAUGUGUAUUAGCUGCUUGGAGAGGAAUACCUGUCCGUAGUAAUUAAGUGAAUAAUACUUUUCACUUUCAAGCUAAUAGUUUAGCAUGCACAAAAAGUACCAAAACAUUGCACCACCUUAGAAAUUGAAAUCCUUAAAUCAAUUUUUUUUUGUUAUAUUAUCUCCAGCUGCUACAGAUACAAUGCCAGUGGGAAAAAAGGCAAUUAAGAAAAAAGCAAUAGGAAAGAAGAGUGCCAAAAAAGGAUUGAAGGGUCUACAGAGUAUUGCAGAUCUUCUGAAGUCAGUCAGGCACCAAUAUGAAGUGAAAUGCAAGGAUUUCAAUAGUUAUGUACAUCCAGAUGUGAAGAAACUUAUCAACCAGUAUGCUGAAAGUAACUCUCUUUUGGCAAAGGUGAGUAAAACAAAAACAUACCUGCUUACUUUUUGGUAAUUAGUGCAAGUGUGUAAAGUGCUACUGAGAGGUUGGUGCAGGAAAGGCACUGGUGUUGUGGUUCAGUAAGAGUUAAUAAGGUGCAUAAUGUGAACCCCUCUAAUAUUGCAUUCCUUUUACCUGUUACUGAGAAGCUUGCUCACAAGGUUUUGUCAUAAAGUGACAUUAGAUCAAGGAUGUUUUUGUAACAAAGUGAAAUGGUGUCACUAGAGAGAAAGUCAACCUUUUCAGUUACUCAGUCAUCCUGAUUUAUUUUAAAAGACCAUGGAUACAAAUACCAGAAGUGAGUGAAAUUCAGGAUUUAGGCAAGAUAUUCAUUAUGUAUAUAAUUGAUAUGAUUCCACAGUAUAGAAAAGCAACAUGAUUGUUUUCUUUCAAAUAUUAAUAGCAGAUAACUGGUGCUAUUUUGGAUGGAGCAGCCAAUUUUUUUAUUUGUAAAUAUAAAAUACAUGUAAUAGACAGGUGUUGGUAAUAUACUUAUCAAGAACAAACAUUACAAAAAAACAUCAUUCACCUUGCCUACUUUGACAGUCCCCUAUGCUUCAACCCCAAAUUACACAUGCAGUGCAGCAGCUUGUCACACAUACUCCAUAUGGUUCCAUGUACUCAAGGACCUACCAACAGAACAAUGUGCCAUGCACCUUGACUACAUUUUCUCAGCUAGAUGGGUGAUGGAACUUAAAGUAUAGCAUUGUGUUUUGCUUGCACUGCAAAAGGUCCAAAAAACGUUUUUUUUUUUUUGGCAAUUAUAGUUUUUUUUUUUCUCCCCUAUACAGGAGAAAGUUUAUUGAACAGAAAUGCACAAGUGAUUAAGAGUUCAAGGACAAAAUACAAAUAUUUGUAAAGCAUAAUUUGAAUGUGGCUAUUAAGCAGCAUAUUGCAUUUGCUUUCAUUGGUGGAUUUUGUUAGUGUUGGUACAAGUAAGUGUAUUUCACAGGACUGAAUUCAGAAACAAAAUUUUUCAUAAUGUUGUUCAUUGGGCAGAUUCACAGGGCUGACUAUGUAAAGCAUGAAUCCUCCCCUGUUGACUUACUUUUCUUGUUUGUCAACAGUUUAUUUUAACCCCAGGUCCAACAGAUGAAAUACCUGUAAAAGUCUCACCACUUGUGGCAGCUAUAAGGAGUAAUCGAUAUGUUCAUGUCAAAGAGAUCUAUAUCUGGGAUGUACCAAUGAAACACGAGGAUAUUGCUACACUGGUUUGUUCAAUGUUCUUUUUACUGUAUCUCAGGGGAAAGUUCUAAGUUAAACAUGAUUAAAGCACAAACUACUAUUAAUAGCAACCCAUGUUCAUUUUGUGAAUGAAAAAAAAAAGAAGACCAAAAAAACAGAACAACAUAUUCAUUCCCUCAGACUUUUGGGGGCUAUAAUCAUUUGUUUAUGACUUCAGCCCUUAAUCUAAGCUUUGCCACACCCAACCACCCAUUUUGUCUUAUUGAUGACAUGAGUUACAGUUAGAUCACACCAUGGUUAGAUCGCUCCCAGUUAGAUCGCUCCAACCAAUUAAAAGUUAGAUCGCUCCAUCAAAUAAGUGACUUUGCUCCUAACAUAAUUUAGUUCACUCCAUGUAGAAAACUAAGGUAAAGGUAGCAAAACUAAGGUAUCUAAAUUGAUAGUUCAUUAAAUGUUGUGCAUAUCUUACCUAACAAUGGAUUAAUAUUGCUCACACACACUUGAAAUAAAUCUGAACUACGCAGAAAGAACAAAUAAAGCCUCAUGUAAGAGCCUCACAAAGUGUAAUCUGCUUUAUUAAUUAAAGAUGGUGGAUAUCAGUUUCCUUACAUCAAACAGCAAAAAAAGGCCACUGAUUGAUCUUUUUUCAAUACACUUCAGACUGUAACAUAAUUUAUUCCACAAUCAUUUAUUCCUAAAAACUUUAAAAAUCAUUUGUUUGGAGCAAUCUAACUGGGAGCAAUCUAACCUUGGUGCCAUCUAGCCAGAUACCAAUGACAUACAUUUAUUGCUUAGUUUUGAAAGUUUGGCAAUUGUUUUGGUUAUUACAGUAAGUUUCAUGUCCAUCUGUUAUUACACCCAAAAUCCCAUGGCUAAUGUGGCAUAUCUUUAUUUCAGCAGCAUUAUUGUUCAUAGAGAAAGAUGUUUUUUUGUCUUGUCAUGAGCAUGGGACAAAGAAAAUAUUGUGAUCGAGUCCCAAUGAGGAAUCAAACCUCAGACCUUCACAUUCUGGCUCCAAUUCUCUACCACUGAGCCACAGAGACUCUAUGGUGAGCAAGGCCCAUUACAAAGUUCAUAUGUGACAUGCAUCCUGUAUACUGCUAGGAUCAGCCAGAAUGCACCAUGUUUGCAAAUGGAGUAAGAAAGAAUUUUGAGCUUGCAUGGUAAAGCAAUAGAGAAAGAUGUUUUUUGUCUUGUCACAAGUGUUGGACAAAGAAAAUAUUCUGAGUCCCCAUAAUCUUAGCAGUAUGCAGCACACGCAUUAUGAACUUCGUAAUGGGCCUCGCUCACCAUAGAGUCUCUGUAGCUCAGUGGUAGAGAAUUGGAGCCAGAAUCUGAGGGUCUGAGGUUUGAUUCCUCUGUUGCUGGUUGGUAGGGCAUCAGAGAACAGAAUCCAAAGGUCUGAGGUGCAAUUCCUCGUUGGGACUUGGAAUAUGUUCUUUGUCCCAUGCUAGUGACAAGUCAAAAAACAUCUUUGUCAAUUUCUUAACUGAGCUCAAAACUUACAAUUUUUCUUUAUCUUUUUAUGACAGUUCAUAUUUGACAGCAGAUUGGGCUUCUUCAUUAUGAGCAACAUGUCAACAUUUUAAGCAAUGUGUCUGCAAAUGUCUUAGAGUAUGGUUUUUAACUGGAUUUAAGAAAAUGAAUAGCCUCCAAAACAGAUAGUUUUCACCGUCAUCCAUCUAAGUGUGCUCACAGUUUAACAGCCUAAAGAAACAUCUGCUGCUCCUCUAUUAAGACUAAAGUGGUGUAUUGUUAUGUUUGUGUCUCCUUUUACAUGAUCUUUCUCUCUAUUCACAAAUUCAUCACUGAAAUGUCCUAUAGUUUCUCAAGUUCUUUUAUCCCCAAGGGUAGGAAUCUCUGCAAACCCUGAUAUCAUUUGUCUUAUACUUGCAUGCUACCAGAAUUAUCAACAUCUUUCUUAAUUCAGCCUGAUAUAUAUGCACAAGCCAAGCAAACUGUUACCACUAUUCUUACUCUUUUUCCUGACCCAACACUUUCAACAUUACUUAUCCCAGAAGUAUGCAGGAUGCAUAUCAAAGAUGAACCUGCGUUUGGUAAAGAUUAUUGUAAGGUUCUCUGUAGUUUAAUGGUAGAUCAUUAAAGCAAUGAAUCCAAAGGUCUGAAGUACAAUUUGCUGUGGGGAAUUAAAAUCUCCUUUGCCUUGUGCUUGUGACAGAAUACUGAUAACAUCCUUCUCUUUUCAAGUAUACUGCUUGUUCACUGGUAUAUAAUAACUGAAGAUGAGUUGGAUCAGCUACACAUGGUUUUGAUUAAGCAUUAAGUUUUUAGAUUAAAAUAUCUAUAGAGUUGAAGGUAUUUAUUCCCACAGAUGUGAAAGUAAACUUGCAGUUACUUCUACUUCAUAUGCAGGCAUUGCUUUUGGAGCAAUCUAUUUAUCCCAUUCAAUACCUGGAACUUUUGGAGUGUGGUAUCAAUAGCUAUGGAGUAGACAGGCUAGCAAGGUAAUUUGAAUAUUCAUCACUUGAUAUCAUACUGAUAUAGAUUAGUUAAGCAUUUUAUAGCAAACUUUUGCUAAUUAUCAAUUUUUUAACAUUUGCUUUACCUUAAUGUUAAUUAAAUGUUGCUUGCAGCCAUUAUUUAUAUGUUUCUCUCAGGAUAUUCAAAGUAGAACUUAAAGGAUGAGACACGUUUUAGGAGAGGAGCAUGAAAACAUUCUAAAAUACUAGGAGAUGAAGAAUUGGUGCAGGAAUAAUAAUCCCUCAAUGUAAUCAAUGUUUUAGGGGAUAUAACGCAACUCCCUUAACACCUGCAUGUAGACGUUAAACCAUCCAAUAAGGUGUAAUGUGUUGGUGUUCUCUAAGAACAGGCACUUUUUUUUUUUCCAAGAUUUUUCUCUGUUUGAAGAUGCAAACAAAAGUCAUUAUGCAAAAAUUUUUUUGGGAAAAAGAAGUUGUUACGCAAACAUUUUUCUAGGGAUUAUUGUUCAAAUAGCAACAAUUUUUAUAAUUUAUCAAAUUGUAUUUUUAAUUAAUCAGAAAUGAACAUUGAUUUAUUUUAUGUGUUGGUGAAUAAAUAUCCUAAAAAUAUUGACCAUGUUAAUAGUUCAUAAAAGUACUUUAUUUGUUGUUUGUAGGUCCAUUUGUAUGAGCAAUCUGACUGCUCUGGUGCUUGAUUAUAACAAGUAAGAACCUUUAAACUGCAGAGACAUUACUUACAUUAAUUAAGAACUGAUGGCAUCAUUAUUGGGAGUGAAUGGAAGAAAAGUCCUAAACAUCCAACAUGAAAUCACCUCCUGGCCAUGAAUGUUGGUUAAGGAAAAAUAUUAUUUUUUGUUAAUUUUGAAAUCUUGGUGGCUAUUGUGGAGAGCCAUUAAAAACUUAAUUGGCCUAACCUGUUUGACCUGUUUGUUAGUGCUUAGGAUAUUUUCUUGAACUUUUAAGUUUAGCAUUAAUCAAUAGUAAAGCAGCUUUAACAAAUAAUGCCAGUCAUGUUGAGGGCACUAUAAGAAGGAAGGAAUCUCAACGAUCUCAAAUCGGUUUGCAAACAACAAAUAUAUGGGUGAAGCUUUUAUGAUGAAACAAAGCCAAUGAAAUACAUCACCUAUCUCCAUCCAAAUAUUUUUCAUGGAUGGGCCAAGUGCCAACCUCUUCCCAUUGGAAAUUUCAAGUGGAUGCAGCUCUGAGACCUAGCUGAAGGCUUGACUGUCUUUGACCUUGUCAACUAGAGAGAAAUUUCUUGCAUUCUUGAUGUGGAUCUCAAGUAUACAAAAGAGCUUCAUGACUUGCAUAACAACUUCCCACUUGCUUCUGAGAGAUUGGUUACUAAUAGGGUAGAAAAACUUAUUAAAAAUCUGAAUGAUGAGGAGAAAUACACACUUAGUCACAGAACACUGAAACAGUAUCUCAAUCUCGGUUCAAGGAUCAAAAAGAUUCAUAGAAGAAUAAGCUUGAAAAAAGAGCCUUGGUUGAAGAAACACAUUAAGCUUAACACAAAGCUGUACACGAACACCAAGAAUGAAUCUGAGAAAGAGUUUUUCAAGUUGAUGAACACUGCGGUCUUUGGAAAAACCAUGGAAAACAUCAGGAAUCAUGUGGAUGUGAAAUUAAUCAACAACCUCAAGGAAGCAUUGAAAGCAUUCAACAAACCUGUUGAAAUUCAAAAAUAAGGAUCUCUUUCAAACUUGGUAGAGGUAAUCAAAUUAUAAUAACUGAGUUUUACAGUUAAGCUUGUGAUGCCGCAGUCUCUGAAAACAUACCUCUACCAUUUACUGGUUACUUCUUAAGAAAAAAAAAGGCAACUGAAACGCCAAGGGAUUUAAUCAGAGGGAAAGAAAACAUGACAUGUUCGGUUGGCAAUCACUCAUGUAGAACCAAAUUUGACACUUUGAUGAUUGAUGCAGACAAUUGAAAUAAACAUACCUAGUUUUGUUGUAGGACUGUUUAAUGUUAUGCAACCUUUGCACCCCUUAGAUCCCUUGUCAUGUAAAAUUUUGGCACUUUCUUCGUUACUCAAUUUAAUGGACAAUUUCCUGAGUUGCUUGCUGGGCAGGUAAGUAGGCAAAGAAUAAUGCUUACCUGAGUUGGAAAUCUGACUUUCAUAGAUGUUGUUCAAAAGGUUUUUCAAAAUCUAUUUACAAUUGUAUAAAGAUAUAAAAUAAUAAUAUUAAGAAUGAAAAAAUAUAUAGUGAUUAUUUACAACUAAACAAGCUCUGAAGGUUUAUGGUAACAUACUGUGUGGAGGUACUCCCUCAAGGUGAUCCUAAAAGAUUUCAAGGAGGUAUGAUUCUUAAUGUCAUUGUCCAAACUGUUCCAUAAGCUAGUUGCUCUAUUGGUAAAAGUACAUUGGCCUGUGGCAUUUUUACAAAUUGGAAUCUGAAGCAAGUCCCUUUUGCUUGUGUAACAAGCAUGAAUAUUAGAGCAUUUAAUGAACUAAUCACUCAGGUGUUGUGGAGCAAGGUCAUGCAGACAUUUAUAUGUCGUUACUGCAUCCUUAUAUAAAAGUAAUUGCCUCACGGGUAGCCACAGGUAGGUCAACCACAGUGAAGUGCAGGAUGGACAGCAGACUCUUACACACAUUUAUUGGACUAAAUCAUGUAAUCAGGCUAUAGCCUACUUGUUACAACACUUGUGGUGAAAACUAAAAGGAAUACACGAUCUGUCUAAGCUAAGGAAACGAGCUAAACUACAAAUCUGACAACAAAAAACACAACUAACGAUCGUGACUUACGUCUGAUCUUGGCUCCAGGGAUGAACUCCAAGUUGUAAAAAAAACUCUGAAAGACUCUUAGAAAACUACUCUUUGCUCUAGGGACAACUCCUUAAAACUAAAAUGUUCACAUGAAAAAAGGCCUAAUAUACUUCUAUGAUGUAAAGGAAACUAAACUGAAAUAACUCUUUGUGUGGCUAGCCAAAAGGAUAUUUUAUUAUCACACAAUCAAAACGAAACAAGGCUACAUUUUAAGAAAAUAAAAGGUCAUAUAAUGUUCUAAAGCAUUCUUUUUACAACAGUGUGACAAAGGACACUUGCAGAACUUCUGGUAUCUUACUCAUCAACUGCCUAGUUCCGGUAAAGAAGAGCUUGGUCUUGCUCAGAUUUAUUAGUAAGUUGUUUGCACAGCACCAUUAGGCCACAUUGUGCAGGUCUUAUUCAAGCUUCUCAAUCACUGAAUCAACCUCUGCCAGCAGGAAUGACAGGAAUACAUGCAAGUCAUCCACAUAUGGCUCCAGGCUGCAAGUGCUGGAAGCUGAGGGUAGAUCAUUGAGGUAGAUGCAGAAAAGCAGUGGUGAAAGGACUGCGCCUUGUGGGACUCUGUGUGUUAUUAGCAGGGUCUGAAAGAGUGGAAUCAAUUUGGACAAAUUAAGAGCAUCAUGAUAGACGGCUCAUGAACUAAUUAACAGUUGAGGGUGAUGUUUUGACUUUGGACAGUUUAAGAAGCAGCUUUUGAUGUUGGAAGCUGUCAAAAACUUUUGAGAGGUCUAAUAGGGCAAGAGCAGUGAGUUUCUUUCUAUCCAUAGCUUCUGAGGUCUGUGAGGUAGAUGUUCAGAGUCUCAGUGGUGUGGGCCUUUUUGUUACCACUCUGGUGGGCUGUUAACCUGUUGUUGUUGAGGAGGUAAGUAGUGAAUUAAUGAGGACAAUUUUGACAAUGCAACUUAGCGUACUUCCUCACAUGUCAUGGUCCUGAGAUUAAAAGGUUUAUCAAUGAUAGGGAAGUCGACACUAAUUUCGUCAGGGAUCACUAUGUUGUUUUUCUUGGAUAGGCACAAAGAGGCCUCUGUGGUAUUUCUACUGACAGCUGCAAAAAAACUGGUUGAAUUCAUUUUCUAUGGAUUUUGGAUCUUUAGAAUAAAUUUCCUUUCCUUGUUUUUGAUAGUGAGAGCACAAUUGAUUAUCUUCCAGAGAGUACCAGGAUUUUUCUGAUGCAAUCUCACUUCUUCAAAGGUGUGGUUUCUCUCAGCUUCAAGAAGGGUUUUCUUAACCAAGUUGCAUGAUUCUUUAAAUUGUUCCAGUCAACAGUGUCCUGUGUUUGAUGAAUCAUUUGAGGAGGCUACCUCGAGAUUUCAUGAGAUCCUUGAUUUCCUGAUUGACCAAACAACAGGGUCUGCACUAAUCUUAAUUGAUUUCAUGGGAGCAUGGAUGUCUGGAAUGGACUUUAGAGUAUCAUUAAAUGUAUUGAGCUUAAGAUGUUGCCAGAUGUAAAAUGUUGCCAGACCUCCUCUACCGGGUAUCCCUUUUUAGAGCAUCAAAUUAUCACAUUUUUGACAAAAGAGAUCUAACUGAAUUUUAUUUUAAAGCUUUCAGAUCUGAAAUCAGAUUUCAAACUUACCCAGGGUUAUCUUUACCAUGACUUUUUUGCUUUGCACUGGACCACAAGGAAAUAUACAGAGUUGUAAAGUGCAUGUGCAGAACUUUUCUGCUUCUUGAAUGGUGGUUUGCCUAUGGCCCCUAUUUUCCAAUAGAGCACUCCAAAAAUGUCUGUGUCAUUUGCAUCCCAAUCUCCAGACUCUUUUUUUAGGUGGUGGACACCAACCAUCAAAUCAGACUCAAAAUUUACAAGAAAAACUGUCUAGGUCUCUCUCCAGAGAAAUAACUUUAACUCAUCCAGCUGCCUUGAGCUUUUUAAGAAGCAAAGUAUUACCAGAACCUCUGAUUCCUUAGUCAGGCAAAAAAAUGGUUCUGUGUUUCUGACUGGUCAUUUAUUUGAUAAAUCCCAGCUUAAUUUCAAACAGCAUCAGGGAGUUUUGACCUUUGGGCUGGUUAUUUAUCCAAGGUCUAACUCAAACCACACUUUUUUACAAACAGUGGGUCUCAGAGAUUCUUUAUAGGAGGGUUGAUUUCAUUGAACAAAAUUAACGUUACAAGUGGCUUUCAGCCCUCUUUACACUGGUCUUAAAAAAUAAAUGUUGAUAUAGAAGGUUCUGUUAAACUGAAGAUGUUAAAAAACUUUGUUUAAUUAGCUGGCUCUUUGAGGUUGUCUGCCUCCAAUUGUGAGUGUGAUGUUGUUUCCACUGAAUCUUCAUAACCUAUGUCUUGUUGGAACAUCAUUAAAGGAAUAGAAAUGUGCAGUAGAAAAGAUCUGCAAUCCAUGGACUAAAAGCCCCCAAUUUUUUUUCUUCCCUGGGGUGAUCAGUAACUGAAACAAGAUAGCAUGGGAAGAAGAUAGUAAAAAAAAAAUACUAGUCAAAAAUACAUAUAGUUAUUAGUUGUGCAGUGAAAUGAUUUGCAGGUGUUUGUUAUUUCCAUAUCCACAAGGUUAUCCCUAGCCCUGUUUAGCACUUUGCUGCAUUCAAGUGCUUGCUUUUUAGUGGCCCAUUUCCAAAACCCUAAUAAAAUUAAUAUUGCAAUAAAGUUAAUAUUGUGCUGAAAAUCAAACAACUCUGAGGCCUCCUUCCUUCAGGCUCUAGCUUCUUUUACAAACAUUGCAUUACAUCAGUGCCAAAGAAUUCUGAAACAAAUCAUGUACAUACUUUUUUUGUAUGUCAGGAAAUGGAAAAAUAAUGACCAGCAUAGCUGCAUAAGAAAUUAAUGUAUUUUCAAACAUUUUGUUAUGUUAUGUUUCAAGUUUACUAUUUUGAGUUCAUUCUCAAGACUCCAGAUCAUUACUCUCUUCCAGAUUUGGUGACUCUGGCUGCAGUGGUCUUUGUAGAGGUCUCUAUGGUAAUAAAACACUAUUGCGUCUCAGCCUAUGCUAUUGUAAUCUUGGUUCUCAAAGUGGGGAGCUCCUUGGAAAAACAAUUUCCAACACAGCCAUAAGGUAACUUUGUGUACUGAAACAAUCUUAUAUUGAUGUAUUCAGGGUAAAAGGUUGAUAGAAAACUUUUUAGAGGCUCUUGGAAUCCACUUUAUUCAAAAACAAAGUACAUAAACAAAGUACAAAAACAAAGUACAUAAACAGCCUUCAUAAGAUAAAUGUGCAUCUUGGCUUGAAUGGUUAAAGGAGAUUCCUUGCUUAUGGUGAAAACAUAUUUAGGGGACACACACACACUGCUCAAUCAAUUCUUAACAGACUGCCUAGUACAAGCUUAUUUUGCAGAAAAAAAAUGGAUGUAGCCAGCAUUUCAAUUGUAAAUGGUUAAAUUUAAUCUUCAAUUAGUACAAGCGCUAACCACAUGGUGUGGCAGAAACAAAGUAUUACUUUCAAACUGGAUGUAUGACCUUUAACAGGGGAAUAAAAUCUGCAUUUUUUUACCUUUGAGGUUACUUUUCGAACUUUCAUGUUGUUCCUCAAAAAUGGUAAAAACUCUGCUGGUUUGAGUUGUUUUUAUUAGUUGAUCAAGUGUUUUUGAAAGUAACUUGAUACUUUAUAUUCAGUUAAUUUUAACAGCCAAAAUAAGGCUAGUAGACCUCAAGUGUAGCUUAUUUUAUGGAAUAUCAUUUUAAAAAAAUUUAUAUUUUCACUCAGAGAUGUCUAUCUUGAUGGCAAUUUUCUGGAGUGUGAAGGGGUGAUCGAACUUAUAAAGCUCUUUGCUGACACAGCAGAAAUGGAAGCUAUUGAGCGUGCUGAAAAAAAGGAAGGGAAAAUUCCUGAAUCAAAUACAUUAACUGUACCAAGUGUGGCAUCAGCUAUGUCAUCAGUGUCAAGACCAACAUCUUCAGUUGCCGUUAGAAGCAAACCUGGAAGGUUGGCUACAUAUAUUUAUCUAAGAAGUCAUCUAGAUUUAAGCUAAAUAAAGUGUUUACCCUUUGUAACUCCAUCAGGCCUUUUUGUACUAGUGAAUGAAACCAUAAGUUUGCAGUAUUCUUUAACCCUUUAGGCCAUGAGUUAGGCACUUAAAGAUAAUGUGUCUGCAACAAAGCAACAAAAUCAUAUAUUAUAGAGAUAAACAAAAUUGGGCCCAGCUGGGAACUGUGAAGAUGUGUACUUUCCAAACAAAUUAUGUAUCUUUCCUUAUUCAUUACACUUUUUCCUCAAAUGUGUAAUGUCUCUUCUUUGGAUUGUGCAUGACAUCCUCACAUCAUGAAACCUUUUGAACUCAUUUUAUUUGGAAUAGCCCAAGUUGUUGGCAAGAAUUUUGAUAAACUGCAUCAUUCUUUCAAAUUAAUGAUUUAUCUACAACCUAGAGCUCAAGAGAUAUCCCAUCUUCAUCAAUAUUCAAGAAAAUGUUUGAGGAUUUGUCAAACUAAAUGUUUAAGAAGGUGUAUCUGAAAACUUACAAGGAUAUUAGUUUACUGAAAUGGACAUGUUAUUGGUCAAAGUGGUCACAUGUCAAAUUUAGUUUACCUUUUAUCCUUUAGUGCGAGGUCUCAAAUGUCUUCUACAGGCAAGAUUGGAAAGAAAGGGAAAAAGAAGAAAAGUGCAAGGAAAAAAAAAGAGCCUCCUCCCCCACCACCAGUGGGCCCUUGGAUUCAGAAACUUCACUUGCUGAACAAUGGCAUUGAUGCAUAUGGGCUGGGUUCCACUCUUGGGCCUGUCAUGUGUAUGAAAAUGUUCAGAAAGUAGGUGCAACUUGUUCAGUUAAUUAAACGGUUACCAUAAUAUAAAUAUGCAUUUCUGAAGAUCUCUUUAAUUAGUUAGUUCUGACAGAUAUGAGACAUAUAUGCAUGAUAAUAAUGAUACUGAUUUAAGAGUGGGGCAUUAGGAACUAUUAGGAACCACAAACCAUAGGGAAAGUCAUUCAAAACCACAAAACUGUCCAAAAAAAACUGCUGAAAACUGAAAACCCCAUGCAAAACCAUCUAAACUGAUAAACCCCAGUUAACAAAACCAUAAUCAUUCCAAUAUAGUGGUGGCAAGUAGAGCAUACAGAGUAAAUUGGAACAAUCUCAUCACAGUAUCUGUGAAUGCCAUGGGUUUGCCUGAAACCCCCCAUAUCUUCUAGUAUCUGCUUAAAUUAUAGGCUUUAUUUGUCCUUAUUUCUGCCACUCCUCUGAGCAAGGACACAGUCUCAAGCAUUAUUGGAGAUAUGUGACCUCCUAGAGAUUCCUAUGAUAUUCUACUUAUGAGAAUGCAAACUUUAAGCCUUCAUGUUUUGAAAUUGGGGAAUAUCACUUGGGGCACAUCACAUAUUCAGUCAUGUGAUACAUUUAGACCAAUUGCAUGCAAGAAAAAAUAUUUGAUGAAUUAUAGGAAAGAAUAUAAAUAAAAACUGAGACUAAAAUAUGUGAUAUUUUGAAAAUUGUAAAAUAUAAUCAAGACCAAACUUUUACCUGCACCACACACACAGCUUGCAUGUUGUGAUUUUGUUUUGGUAAAAUUUCAGUUUACUGUGGGAAAGGGAAUAGUAUUAUCUGAUGUGUAUGAUCUGAUAUUGGAACAUAAGUUUGCUACAGUAUAUUGCACAUUCUAUUGAAGAAUGUGUAAGUUCCUCAUAAAGAUAAAAGGGGGAUAAAGGGGAAAGAAAAUGAAAAGCACAGCUAUGUAUAUUGAACAGUCUAGUUCUUUGUUGUCUCAUAUUGAUUUGCAGACUGAUAACACACUCUGAAAGCUUACAAGAACUCGAUCUAGAUGAUAAUGCUAUUGGUGACCUGGGUGGAAGAGAGAUCCUCGAGGCUCUCAUGGAUAGAAAGGAAGGUUAGUGAAAAUAGGGGGAGGUGUCUGUUACCUGAACCUGAUGCUUGCUAUGAAAGCAAGGCUCCAUUCAUAACCAGCAUUUAAAACCACCUCCCUCAACCGAAAGUCAAUAAAAUUAUCAAACUGUGAGUGCUUACCUAGACCUUUUAAAAAAAAACAAAAAGGUUUUUCUUAAUAUCAUGUGACUUGUCACAUGAACUUACCUUAUAUAAAAUCUGUCUUUUUCUCCACAAAUAAAUUGCACAUAGUACCUUGUAUUAAAGAGUAGAAAUUGCUCUUUAAGAAUAUGGCAUCAAACCUUUCUGUAAAGUGGGCUGUGUAUUUUGCCAUUCUGGGGCUCUCUGCUCCUACACUUUUUCCACCUCUGGCAUCAUUCCAGUUCUAAUUAUUGUCUUUACCAACAUUAAAUGGCAUGGUUGAACUUCAGGCACCAAUUUUCAAUUGGAUAUGUGUGCCAAAAAUGAAUAAUGCAAGUCAGUUUGCUACUCUUACUUUCUUUAGGUCACAUACAAUGUUUUUACCCCCCACCCCCCCUUGCAAAGCCAAACGUAGAAUUGGAAGUCUCAUUACAAUAAAAUUGUAAAAGAAAUAUUAGUGCCCUCUGGCUGUGCAGCAUAGCAAGAUAAGCAAGAGAAAUUGGUACCCAAUGAAGUCCAGAAAGGCAGGACAAUAUGCGUGACAAACUACAUUAAGGGUGCAAAGCAGGCUAUGAACCUAUGUCAAAUGUCAUUAUAGCCAACCUGAAUGAUGCUUUAAACUCUCUACUGCACGAUGCGCAUUUUUCUGUCUGUAGGAAGAUUUGAGACAAGUCAGGGAGAUGAUUUUUCCAGGGAUCUCAAAGUAAUAAUUAUCAGGGCUGGUCCUUUUGCAGACCUUUCACAGGCUCACGUAGUUCAAAGCUUCAUACUUUUCUAUGGGGAAAAUAUGCUGGUGCUAAAGUGCUAAUAAUGAGAGCCUGUUCACAUGCUUAUCAAAUACAAUUUUACAAACCUGAAAUGAAUCUUCCAAGUAAGGCAGAGAUUAUGGGCAAGGGAAUUCUUUUCUAGCUCUGAUGAUAAAUCUCUUUAAAUCAAAGGUUUAAGUAACUUUGGGGAAAAAUUUUAAAAAGUGCAAGAUAUAAGGUUUCCAAUCGCUAAUCCAUGUGAGAGCCCCAUCCAACCAGGCUGAACUUCAUUAACUGGAUCUGUGAGUGCAUGAAGCAAAUAACUUUAAUGUGUGAAAAAAAGUUCAAGCUAUUUUAAUAUUUUUUCAUGAUUUCCUUCUUCCUCUCUCCUUUCCAAUCAACAAUAUUUAUUAAAUCAACAGAAAUGCUCAUCUUACUUAAAGGAGGUUUAAAGGAGGUCAAUAGUUGUUCCCAUGCAUGACUGCUGGGUACUUCAACCAAGACAGUGUAUUAUUAAUCUCCCUUAUUCAAAUCUGUUAAAAGCAAUUUGUAUAAUGUUUGUUUGCUAUUCAGCUGAAUCUGUAUUUCUGGUUAAACUUUAGGUGGAUUGAAUGCUAUGAAAAUAAAUGUAUCACACAGAAUAAAUUCUUCAACUUUUGCUGCAAUUAACAAGCUUGGCUCAGGUCUCAAGAAAAAAAAGGAAAAAAAGAAAGGAAAACCAGGAAAGGUACUCAACUGACUGUCAACAAAGUUAUUGUAAGAUGGAUUUUAGUGUUGUUGUUUUUGUUUAUUUGUUUGUUUUUCAUUAUUUUAAGAGAUCAAACGGGGUGCUUAAUAAAACUGUGAUGGUGCAACAAUACUACUUGCAGUUUGUGUUUUGUUGUUGUAGGCUUUGAGAGUAGUUAUUAUUUAAUUCAAUUUGUCCUGCUGUUUUCUGGCCUUAUACUCACCUAUUUGCUGUUUCUCCAUUUGUUCUUUCCAGAAACGAAUUUAGAGUGAAGAAGUGCUUCUUGGGAAUCAGUUGAGUGAUGUUAAUGAAGAAUGCCAAGUUAAUACUUGUGAAGUCUUAAUAAUGUUGUGUGAAUAGGAACAACUUGUAAAUUGAUGUCACUUACUGACAAAUUUUUCAAUAAAUUUUUAACUACUUUUCAGGUUCUGUUUAUUGCAGAAAAAAGCGAAAGAUUAUACCUGGAGAUAAGAAUUAAAAUAAUUGAAAUUUCUAGAGAGUUUUGGCAAACAAACCAAGAACUAAUAUUGUACCAUAUAGGGAUGAGCAGUUCUACGUGG